CACAGAAUCAAGACUGCUAUAACCUUUUCCUAUGGCUCACUGUGACUAUUCAACUCGAUCCUACCGUUUCAAUCUGCGAUGAACCAAGGGGAGAAUACUGUUUCCACCGCCCAGACGAGUCACAGCCCAUCCUUCCAAACGCCGGACAGGCCUUCUUCGGGCGCACGCUGUUCGAUCAGUAUAGCGAAUGCAGCCAAGGGCCAGUCCUGCUGCGACCCGCCGGCGUCUUCUUCGUUCUCCGCAAGGUCGUCCAAAGGAAAUCAUGUCCCUAGCACGUUAGAUCAAACCACCCUCACGCAGAUCGACUUUGUGACGCCCACACCCCCGCCAGCCCGCUCAGAUGAAAGCCUCCACUACCUCAAUGAGAAGCAACCGCAGCGGGGCCGGCAAGCCCACCAUGAAGUGAUCGAUCUCGAUGACGAUUCCGAUAACGAUGUCGAGUAUCGGCCUAGUCGCCAGCCUCGCCGAGCCCGCGGGGUCAGGUUCGAACAAGGGCCGAGCAGUACAUCGACCGGACACUCGAACUCCACCCGGCCGCGCGAAAUAGACUCGAAGUCGAAGCGCAGGAAGAGUGGCGGGGGCGUCAAGGGCAACAAAUUAGACAAGGACGCAAAGAAGGGCAACAAAACUCUGACACAGAUGGACUAUGUGCGGCGCUAUCUGAAGAUAGAACCGGACGAUGAGGUAAAGCUGGAAUAUACUUAUACCACGCCAAAGAAGAACGACAGGAAGCAAGCAAAUCGGCACGCUGCUGGUAAUCUGGCCCCGCAGUCGGAUCAUUUCUCCGACCAAGAGGCCUCAAGCGGAGGCAAGAAACGAAAAUUGAGCAUCGCUGCUGAUACGAAGGUCAAAUUGGAAAAUGAGAAGGAAAAUUACCCUCCAGACCCUGGCUCCGUGACCCCUCGGGCGAAGCGGGAGCGUGAGAUACCGUCGUCUCAGUCGCCUGAAAGCUCGGGUAUCGCAUUCAUCACUUCCUCGCAGUUCCGUACCGCGACUCAUUCGCCGUAUAAGCGCGAGGCUGCCGACACUGCAGGCCAGUGUAUAAAGCAAGAAUCGCCACUUUUGCAACGCAUCAAAGAAGCGUCUCAUAGCCCACCCAGUGAAAUUCCAGAAUCUAAUGAAUCCCAACCUGCGGCUUUGGUUCCAGACUCGCCAUCACCGCGCAAUUCCGCCAGUGACCAAGGAAGCAUCGCUCUAUUAUCUGAGCAAGUGAAGUCAGAGGAAUCCGUUAAGCAUCAUAGAAUCAGUGAACAUGUCCCUAAUACUCAGAGAACCGUGGUAUAUGAGACAGACGCAGAAUCAGAUUACGGUGACCUAGAAGAUGAUUUGCCUAAUCCCAUCGAAUCACCUCGACGAAGGAAGGUACCGCAUUACGAUCCCGGUGCAGCCAAUCUCGAGCAUGAAGGUGCCACAGAAGAGAGCUCACAGGCUCUUCCUUCAAUGGCUCCUCCGGAGAUGGAAGAAGAGUCGGAACAGCUGCAUCUAGAUGAUAAUCCCACUUCAGAUGCAUCAUCGAUCUACUAUCACAGAAUUCAGCCAGCCACUCAGUUCCCCCUUGGACCAGUGCCAAAUCUGAACACCCAGAGACUGGCCGAGCUUUUCCCGGAUGAAUGCAACGAUGAAAGCAUCGCUACCAUGUCAUUUACAGAGUCAUCUUCUAAAACUCCCAAACGCAUGACUGUUGCAUCUGAGACUCAAUCAUUUGAUUCUGAGACGCGUCUAGACUCAGAUCAGACAUUGACUGAACUUGUUCCGGAAUCUUCCCCAAUUGUACGACAGGAUAGCGGAAGCACCACUUUCCGGACGCCCGCCCACCGUCUCGCUUCGCGGGAUAUAGUGCAGGUCGAGUCGUCACAGCCAGCAGACAGGCAUCGUAAUCGUUCCCAGAACCCAGAUGACUCAGGUCCUCGCGGCGUGAUCAAGAGAAGUGACCUACUCACCUCAAGCGUGAUGGAAAGUAUUCCACUGCCGGUAUUCUUGAUGGAUAGCCAGGACACAGUUGGAGAACCCUACAGCUCUCCCAAGGAAACGUAAUUUCCGGGGACUGAGUUUGG